GGUCGGGGCCGCCUCCACCGCGGCGCUGCCGGAUUUGUAGAGGCCGAGGCCCCGCGCCCCUGCUGGGGCUGUUUCUAGGGUUGUUUCUAGGGCCCUCCCGGGAGGGGCUGCGGCCGGCUGGCCGCCCGCGUGGAACAGAAGGACGCGCGUCCCCCAGCGCCGCUCGGGCGGCCGCCUCGGAGCAUGACCCCCGCGGGCCGGCGCCGCGCGCUCUGAUCCGCCGGGACCCCGCGCUCCUGCAGCCAUGGGCGCCGGGGCUGGGCGGGGGGCGGCGACCGCGCCGCUGCUGGUGGCGGUGGCCGCGCUGCUGCUGGGUGCCGCGGGCCACCUGUACCCUGGAGAGGUGUGUCCCGGCAUGGAUAUCCGGAACAACCUCACAAGGUUGCACGAGCUGGCCAACUGCUCGGUCAUUGAAGGACAUUUGCAGAUACUGUUGAUGUUCAAAACGAGGCCCGAGGAUUUCCGAGACCUCAGUUUCCCCAAACUCAUCAUGAUCACUGAUUACUUGCUGCUCUUCCGGGUCUAUGGGCUGGAGAGCCUGAAGGACCUGUUCCCCAACCUCACGGUCAUCCGGGGCUCGCGCCUCUUCUUCAACUACGCACUGGUCAUCUUCGAGAUGGUUCACCUGAAGGAACUCGGCCUCUAUAGCUUGAUGAACAUUACCCGGGGCUCCGUCCGCAUCGAGAAAAAUAACGAGCUGUGCUACCUGGCCACCAUCGACUGGUCGCGCAUCCUGGAUUCUGUGGAGGAUAAUUACAUUGUGCUGAACAAAGACGACAACGAGGAGUGUGGGGACAUUUGUCCAGGCACGGCGAAGGGCAAGACCAGCUGCCCUGCCACUGUGAUCAACGGGCAGUUUGUCGAGCGGUGUUGGACACACAGCCACUGCCAGAAAGUUUGUCCCACCAUCUGCAAGUCGCACGGCUGCACCUCGGAGGGCCUCUGCUGCCACAGCGAGUGCUUAGGCAAUUGCUCCGAGCCCGACGACCCCACCAAGUGCGUGGCCUGUCGCAACUUCUACCUGGACGGCAGGUGCGUGGAGACCUGCCCGCCCCCCUACUACCACUUCCAGGACUGGCGCUGCGUGAACUUCAGCUUUUGCCAGGACCUACACAACAAGUGCAAGAACUCCCGGAGGCAGGGCUGCCACCAGUACGUCAUUCACAGCAACAAGUGCAUCCCCGAGUGCCCCUCUGGUUACACGAUGAAUUCCAGCAACCUGAUGUGCACUCCAUGCCUGGGCCCCUGUCCCAAGGUCUGCCACAUCCUGGAAGGCGAGAAGACCAUUGACUCGGUGACGUCCGCCCAGGAGCUUCGAGGCUGCACUGUGGUCAACGGAAGCCUCAUCAUCAACAUCCGAGGGGGCAACAACCUGGCAGCUGAGCUGGAGGCCAACCUUGGACUCAUUGAGGAAAUUUCCGGGUAUCUGAAAAUCCGGAGAUCCUACGCUCUUGUGUCACUUUCCUUUUUCCGGAAGUUACGGCUGAUUCGAGGAGAGACCUUGGAAAUCGGGAACUACUCUUUCUACGCCUUGGACAACCAGAACCUAAGGCAGCUUUGGGAUUGGAGCAAACACAACCUCACCAUCACUCAGGGGAAACUCUUCUUCCACUAUAAUCCCAAACUCUGCUUGUCAGAAAUUCACAAGAUGGAGGAAGUUUCGGGAACCAAGGGGCGCCAGGAGAGGAACGACAUUGCCCUGAAGACCAACGGGGACCAGGCGUCUUGUGAGAAUGAACUCCUUAAAUUUUCUUACAUUCGGACAUCAUACGACAAGAUCUUGCUGAAAUGGGAGCCAUACUGGCCCCCUGACUUCCGAGACCUCCUGGGGUUCAUGCUUUUCUACAAAGAGGCCCCUUACCAGAAUGUGACAGAGUUCGACGGGCAGGAUGCGUGUGGCUCCAACAGCUGGACCGUGGUGGACAUUGACCCCCCUCUGCGGUCCAAUGACCCCAAGUCGCAGAACCACCCAGGGUGGUUGAUGCGGGGUCUCAAGCCCUGGACCCAGUAUGCCAUCUUUGUCAAGACCUUGGUUACCUUUUCUGAUGAACGCCGCACAUAUGGGGCCAAGAGUGACAUCAUCUAUGUGCAGACAGAUGCCACUAACCCUUCCGUCCCCCUGGAUCCAAUCUCCGUUUCUAAUUCCUCGUCCCAGAUUAUCCUGAAGUGGAAACCUCCCUCGGACCCCAAUGGCAACAUCACACACUACCUGGUUUUCUGGGAGAGGCAGGCGGAAGACAGUGAGCUGUACGAGCUGGAUUAUUGCCUCAAAGGGUUGAAGCUGCCAUCCCGGACCUGGUCUCCGCCGUUCGAGGCUGAGGGCUCCCCGAAGCACAACCAGAGUGAACACGAGGAGUCCGCCGGCGAGUGCUGCUCCUGCCCCAAGACAGACUCCCAGAUCCUCAAGGAGCUGGAGGAGUCCUCUUUUAGGAAGACCUUUGAGGAUUACCUGCACAAUGUGGUGUUCGUCCCCAGAAAAUCCUCGUCAAGCCCUGGUGCUGAGGACACUAGGCCAUCGCGGAAACGCAGGGCCCUCAGGGACGUUGCCAACGUGACAGCGGCCGUGCCCACAGCUCCAGGUUUCCCCAACACCUCGACUAGCACGCCUACAAGCCUGGAGGAGCACAAGCCUUUCGAGAAAGUGGUGAACAAGGAGUCCCUGGUCAUCUCUGGGCUGCGUCAUUUCACCGGCUACCGUAUCGAGCUUCAGGCUUGCAACCAGGACGCCCCCGAGGAGAGGUGCAGCGUGGCGGCCUACGUCAGCGCCAGGACCAUGCCCGAAGCCAAGGCAGACGACAUCGUUGGCCCUGUGACCCACGAAAUCUUCGAGAACAAUGUCGUUCACUUGAUGUGGCAGGAGCCAAAGGAACCCAACGGUCUGAUUGUGCUGUAUGAAGUGAGUUACCGACGCUAUGGUGAUGAGGAGCUGCACCUCUGUGUCUCCCGCAGACACUUCGCUCUGGAGCGGGGCUGCAGGCUGCGCGGGCUACCGCCGGGGAAUUACAGCGUGCGAGUCCGGGCCACCUCCCUGGCAGGCAACGGCUCCUGGACAGAAGCCACCUAUUUCUACGUGACAGAUUAUUUAGAUGUCCCAUCGAAUAUUGCAAAAAUCAUCAUCGGCCCCCUGAUCUUUGUCUUUCUCUUCAGUGUUGUGAUUGGAAGUAUUUACCUGUUCCUGCGGAAGAGGCAGCCGGAUGGGCCGCUGGGACCGCUGUAUGCGUCUUCAAACCCUGAGUACCUCAGUGCCAGUGAUGUGUUUCCAUGUUCUGUGUAUGUGCCGGACGAGUGGGAGGUGCCUCGGGAGAAGAUCACUCUCCUGCGGGAGCUGGGGCAGGGCUCCUUCGGCAUGGUGUACGAGGGCAACGCCAGGGACAUCGUCAAGGGCGAGGCGGAGACCCGUGUGGCGGUGAAGACGGUCAACGAGUCGGCCAGUCUGCGGGAGAGGAUUGAGUUUCUCAACGAGGCCUCAGUCAUGAAGGGCUUCACCUGUCAUCACGUGGUCCGCCUCCUGGGGGUGGUGUCCAAAGGCCAGCCGACGCUGGUGGUGAUGGAGCUGAUGGCCCAUGGGGACCUCAAGAGCUACCUCCGCUCCCUGCGGCCGGAGGCUGAGAAUAACCCCGGCCGCCCUCCCCCUACCCUGCAAGAGAUGAUUCAGAUGGCGGCGGAGAUCGCCGAUGGGAUGGCCUACCUGAAUGCCAAGAAGUUCGUGCACCGGGAUCUCGCAGCUCGCAACUGCAUGGUGGCCCACGAUUUCACCGUCAAAAUUGGAGACUUUGGGAUGACCAGAGACAUCUAUGAAACGGAUUACUACCGGAAAGGAGGCAAGGGUCUGCUCCCUGUGCGGUGGAUGGCACCGGAAUCCCUGAAGGACGGGGUCUUUACCACUUCUUCUGACAUGUGGUCCUUUGGCGUGGUCCUUUGGGAAAUCACCAGCUUGGCAGAACAGCCUUACCAAGGCCUGUCAAAUGAACAGGUGUUGAAAUUUGUCAUGGAUGGAGGGUAUCUGGACCAACCCGACAAUUGUCCAGAGAGAGUCACCGACCUGAUGCGUAUGUGCUGGCAAUUCAAUCCCAAGAUGCGGCCCACCUUCCUGGAGAUCGUCGACCUGCUCAAGGAUGACCUGCACCCCAGCUUUCCGGAAGUUUCCUUCUUCCACAGCGAGGAGAACAAGGCACCUGAGAGCGAGGAGCUGGAGAUGGAGUUUGAGGACAUGGAGAGUGUCCCCCUGGAUCGGGCCUCCCACUCUCAGAGGGAGGAGGCCGGGGGCCGGGAUGGAGGGUCCUCCCUGGGCCUAAAGCGGAACUACGAGGAGCACAUCCCCUAUACCCACAUGAAUGGGGGCAAGAAAAACGGACGGAUUCUGACUCUGCCCAGGUCGAAUCCUUCUUAACAGCGCCUGUUUUGGGGGAGGGGUUCCCAUCUUCACUUUCCUCGGGUCUGAAGGUCUCCAGAAAACUCAGGAUUCUCCUAUGAAUCUGCCAGUGUCCGACGGAGCUCAGAGAUCAUAACUAUCCAUUGCUGUUCAUCUGUGACUUAAAAACGUGUUUGAUUGCCAAUUUGACGAGCUGUCAGAGAAUUGAACUGUGACCCUAGAGAAGGGGUUUCCUUGGCUGCUGUCCUUUGUAGGCAACUGUGGUUUUAAGCCAGGAUGUUACUAUUUUUUUCUAGUACAUGAGAGCAAGCACCUGUUUUUACAAAUCUUCUUCUUUUUUUUUUUCUCCUGGCGUCUGAGCUACAGUAUAAAACAUGAAACUUGUUUUUGGAACAAAAGUUUGAAAGAAAGGAAAAAAAAAAACAACCCUGUUCCAGUAGAAUUUCAGGCUUUCCAGAGUAGGCUUCAGGAAGGUGUUUUUUCCUCAUCCAGGCUGAAGGAUUUUUUUUUUCUUCUUCUUCACAAAGUCAGUUCCUCAAAUUGACCAAUAGCUGCUGCUUUUGUACUUCUGAUAAGGAUCUGCAGUCCCGGCGUGUGUCCGUGCGCGUGUGUGUAUAUGUCCAGGCUAGAUAUGGCUGGCGUGUGUGUGUGCACGUGUGUGCCCGUGCGUGCAUGCAAAGCGUUCGUGCCCCGUUGACACUUUGGGGGUCGGCUCAUGAAGGUUCUGUCUUCUCGAGCUCCUGAUCCUCCCAUCUCCUUCCUUCCUUAUUUACUGGGAGACUGUACCCUCCACAGAUUCUUCUGCCCCAAGCCUAGUCUCAGGAGUCUUUUCUCCCUUAACUUUGGUGAAAAAUGUUUUCCAGAAGCCAAGGGAGUCAUUUGGAGUGAUAGUGGAUCUUUUCAAGACCAAACAAAGCUAGGACA